AUUGUCAAAAUCAUUACUUAACCUCACAUUUACUUGUUUAUUUUGCUCUACUAGUUUAAAUAAAUAUAGACAAAUUCCAAUCACUUUCAUCUGUUGGAAUCAAUUAAACCGUUGAAAUCCUCAACUGACUGAUGUUCUUUUAAAUAUCCAGAAGUCCGUUCAAUUACCAUAGGGCUGAAAUGGUUGGAAAAUAAUGGACACUGAUUGUCCAGCGAAUGAGUCCAGUAUGACUGUGUCCAGCAGAAUAGACAACAUAAUUAGGGCUCUGGUAGCCAAUUCAGAGGUUGCCUUCAAGAGCCAGCAACGCGGCGAGUCCGAGCCCAAUGAUUGCGAAAAAACCGACAUAGCCCUAGGAGUCUUUAACAGGAAUAAAACCAGCUUCUUGCUCAAGUUCGGCAAAUAUUUGAAUGCCAGGCAGUUGCAGUACUUUGAUCAGUUUACUGAGUCCCACGCCGAACCUGCUGACUGCGAGGAAAUCAGACUAGUUCUGGAUAAUUUAAAGAUCAACUUCACAACGAAGGGAAGAAACUUGCAAAUCAAAAACAGACGAUAUGAGGCCUUACAGAAGAUGAUUGAGGCGGAUACGUACUUCUCCGAGAUUGAAAUGAUGAAGAGACAUCCACUAUUAUACGAACAGUUAGUUGGUCAAUACUUAACAGAGGAAGAGAAACGGGAGAGGGACAAAUACGAAAUGAAAGAGAACGUGACUUUUGUGAAAAUCCUUAUGGAAGGGAUUGAAAGGGAGAAUGCAGAAAAGUGCAGAACACUAGAGCAGCAAAGGGAGGAAAGCCAAAUGGAGGAGAGCGAUUCUUCGGACGAAGAUCGGCCUGUUGAUGAGAUUUCCGUGUCUUUGAAGAGCGCCAGGCCUUCAACAUCAAGAUGGGGCGAAUUUGAAGAGCAUGCAAUUCAUGCAACAAGGAGUAGAAAGUCUGUGCCAAUGGUAACUGCCGCAGAACGACUGCUGUUGAAGCAAGAAUUCGUCACUACCAUGCAUCAACAUUUUGUCGAUGGAAAAGAUGCAGAGUUUUUCGAUUACACAACUGUGGAUGAUAAUCCUGGUUACGACAAUAUCAAGGAAAUGGAUCAUGACGCUCAAGACAAAUACUUCGAUAGUGAAGACCCGGAAGAUGAAAUAAGUGCGGAGGAAAGGUGUCAAAGCAGUGAGGAUGAGCUGGAUAUUUACAUGAACGCUUUGAAUCAGCAUCCUGCUGUAUGUGAGCUGGCGAAAAAUAUGCAUGAAAAUCUUUAAAAUUGCCCUAGUUUUCCGUUAAGGCCAAAAUAAAAGAUACUAAUACAUUUCGAAACAGAAA